UUUCCAUUAUUCAUUUUUAACUUGUCAAUUUCCUUAAUACAAAUUAUUUUCAUUGUGUUUAGAUGGCAUAGAGCUGUGUCUACCGACUUAGUAAAACAAAAUGUAUUGGUCCCCAAAGAGGAAUCAUCUAGUGACAGCGACAUGGAAUUUCGUGAAAGCCAGCAAAGUCAGAAAAAAAAUUUGAUGAAGAAAGUGAAGACUGUUUGUGGGAGGAUGUUGUCAUACGAGCACAGAAGCCAGCCAGCAAGUAUCAGUGGAGAGGGCUGCACUACCCAGAAGGAAACCCACCUUUCUAACACACACCUGCUUCCUAGAAUUGUCAAGGAGCUUCCAUCACCCAUUUUCCAAACCAGAAUAAGGAAGCUCUCACAGAAUGCAACUAUACAAGUUGAUGUCGUAGAAGCAGAGACAGAGGAGAUAACUCAAGGGAACAGCCUGCUCCGGGCCAGGAGAACCACCAAGCGUUUAUCUGUGACCUCGCUUCCCUCAGGACAGCAGAAGGUGCCAUACUCCUCAAAGAAGAGACCACAGUUUCCAGCACUUAGAAAAAAGAAACCUGGCAUGGAAAGCAUCCUCCAAAAGUCAGAUUUGACAGGAGGGAAGCUUCAAAUGCAGGUGGGCGACCUCAUCAAAACAGUGACUGAUAAGUCCAUGAAGUUACUGGACCAAAGACACGCUGAGCUUCCACAGUGUGAGUUUCUAGGGGAUGAAAUUCUUCAGUCUUCCAAGCAGUUCCAGAAGAUUUCCAAGAGAACCAUAAGGAAGUAUAAAUUGAAAAAUGUGUGUUUUCCAUGUACAUGCUGCUGCCUCUGAUUUUGUUCCUGACUGCAUAAAAGUUAUCUUCAUAGAGAUUCUUAUCUUUUGGUACAUAAUCCCGAAUAAAUCUCUCUAGUGUAUUAAUCAAUGGAGAAAGGGAGCAUUUUUUAGAGUAUUCUUCCCAUAGUCCUUUAAAAAUGCUUUUUCAAAAAUUGAUUUUUGAUUCUGACUCAAUAAAAGCAAAUUUUUGCUUCACAAAUCUUACUAGUAAUGGAAAAUAGAAACAUUUAUUAAGGCAGAGCCAUUCUGCAAAUAAAUUUCUCCCAUGAUUUGCCAGAUGAAGUUAGAGGAAGCAUUUAAAGGUAUUACACUUUUAAUAUGACUACUACUGAGCUAAUUUUAAACUUUCAUUUUUAAAGAUAAGAAUUCUUAUUAAAACUACAAAAAUGUAACAUUAUUAAGGUAUGAUUCAUACAGUGUCAGAUUUUUGAACUAAAAUAAAUGAAUAAGGAUGGAACCUAACAAGUAUUAAAAAUGUGAUUCAAUACUUAAGAAAAUUACAAGUGAUUCAGCCUUAACUUAAUUUUUAUAAAGAUCAUGAAAUGCUUUAUGCAAGACCAUCUUCACAGACUAUUUAUCUCAGACUACUCUUCACUUUACCAAUACAUUUUUUCCCCACUGAAAAUGACUCCUAAAGAACAAACCAGUAGAGAGAAAACAUAUGAACCAAACAUUUAACAACUACAUUGUUCAAGUACUAAGGCAAGAGAUCUAGAAAAUAAUGCAUAUGGAUUUACUUUGAAUCUUGUUAUUACUUCUAACACCAGGGAUUCUUUAUAUGGAAACUGCCCCACAAUGAGCAUACACCACAAACAUUUUGCACAUUAUUUUACAAGUUCAUAGCCUUCCUGAAGCUAUUCAUGUACUCCGUUUUUAAAAGUGAAAACAAUUUGCAGAACUUGACUCAUUUUCUCACGCACAUCCUAGAAACACCACCUCCUCACAAUCUUCAACUUAUUUUGUAAGCAAAUCAAUGUUAACAGUUAACUACCUAGAAUGCUAAGGCAAACAUAUCUGGCUUGAAAACAUUUUAUUAAAAAUUUUUGGAUGUUGCUUCCUGUCUUUUAAGUUUAAGAAUAAAAAAGUUAUUUAAAAAAAAAAUCUAUAUUGAAGUCAUUUUCUUCUGUGUGAAGAAAUAUGAAUGAACUGUACAUUAAUAUCCAAAAGCAAAGGAGUUCACUGUCAAAACUAAAUAUCUCAAGAGCA